UGUCAUGUCGUCAUCGUAACACCGCAAAUAGCAUGCAAUGGUGCAAAAAGAAUUUCUAAUGGAAAAUCAUAAAUAAAAACGAAUCAUUUCACAAUCGUUGCACACUGCAACUACUAUCACAAUGUUCUCAAAAGCCUACAAGCUUAAAUCGAACAGCACGUUGAAGAAUUCUGAAAAGAAACAUCUUGUUCUAAGGAUACAGGAUGAAUUUUCAAAUGUGUCUGAAGAAAAGGUGAAGGAAUUGGUGCCCGUAAAAUCGAGUACUAUUUGCAUGAAGUUGACCCUUCACUCUGGGGACACUGUUGGUGUUUACGCCGUGGAUGGUAUUCCUGUGCUGAUCGAGACCGCAGAGCAACUGGUACCGACUGUAUGUGCUCUGUGGAAGGUCCCCGACAUGGUACCAAUGAUGACUGUCCACUCUCCAGUUGUACCGAAGGUACUAGGUGGAGCUUCGGUGUAUCUCCCCGGGGUGACGUUGCCGGCCGGCGGGCUCGGCUUCCCGCAGUUCCGCGCGGGCGCGAUCGUAGCGGCCAACACGACGGACAACGCCGCGGCCGCCGUAGUGGGCCGAGCCGUCAUGUCCAGCGGCGAUAUGUUGCUGAGAGCUGCAGGCACGUGUUUGGAAGCUAUCCAAGUGAUUGGUGACCAGCUCUGCAAAGACCCCAAGCUGGGCAAGGUAGAGCGACCCAAACUGGGUCUCCCGGUGUACGGGGACGGUAGCCCGGCAGUGGAUCUCGCUGCGGAUAUUAACCAGCUAACCAUCAGAGAGGAGUGGCCAACCCUGGGCAAAGCCCCGGCACCAGCCCCGGCGACCCCGGUCCACAACGAGCCUAAAAUCAUUACGGAAGCACUGACGCCCCAAUCAGAGGACACUGCACAAGUUGAUGACAGUGUUGAUGACACCAUGGUCACAGACUCGUCCCAUAUAGAAGAAGAUAUCCCCUCGGACAUGGACGGGCUGCUGCUCUGGUGCUUGCUGGUCUUCCUCAAGCUGGAAGGCAGGACGCUCCAACUGCCUCUCAAGACCAACAUUCUGUACAAAAAUCACCUGAUGCCACUGUGUCCUCCCGGCAGAACGCUUGACGUCAAAAAGUCGACUUACAAGAAAAUGGGAAAAUUCAUGGACGCCAUGCAAGAGGAAGGCCUCGUGGAGGUCCGCGAGCUGGAGAAGGGCGUGUCGGCCGUCGUGGCCGCCAACCUCGCGCACCCGCGGCUGCGGCGAGUGCGCCCCCCCGCGCCCCCCGCGCCCGCCGCCGGGGGAGGGGGGGCUGCGGGGGGAGCGGGGGAGGAGUACGCGCCGCCUGCCGUCAGGGAGGUGCACUGCGUCACCGCCGCGGUGGGGCCCGUGCUGCCGGACUACAAAAAGGGUACUCCACUAUCAUCAGCAACGGUGCGCUCCACUCUCACCGAGUACGUGAAGUCAAGGGAACUGAACUCAAAGCAGAGCAAGGGAGCGGUCGUGCUGGACGCCGCGCUCGCUAAGAUACUAGGCAAGCAGGAACAGGUGUCCGUGAAAUGGGACGAGCUGAUGUCCGGAGUGUUGUCUCGGAUGACGGCCGCCACGGAGAUGAGCUUCGCGGACGGCACCUCCAGCCUCGUCAAGGCCAAACUGGAGCCUAUCACCAUGACUAUAGCCAACAGGAGUGGGAACAAGAAGGUGACGCUGGUGUCGAACCUGGAGUCGUUCGGCUUCUGCCUGCCGUCGCUGGCGGCCGCCUGCCAGCGCGGCGCGGCGGCCGCGUGCGGCGUCACGCGCGCGCCCGGCGCCCGCCGCGACCAGCUCAUGCUGCAGGGCGACCAGACUCACUUUAUAGCGAAAUUGCUGUGCGAAACAUACGGUCUGCCAAAGAAGUUUGUAGAAGGAGCGGACAAGGCACUGAAGAAGAAAAAGUAACUCUUAAGUUAACUGAAUCUAAUUCCCAACCUUGUGAUAAGACUGUGUGAUCUAAAAUAAAACU